AGAGAGAGAGAGAGAGAGAGAGAGAGAGAGAUUAAAGAGAGAUCGAGAGAGAUCGAGGGAAAGAAAAAAGGGUAUAACCUCCCUCAGCUCCCCAAAUCAUAACAGAGCUUCGCUUAUUAAAGAGAGAGAGAGAGAGAGAGAGAGAGAUUAAAGAGAGAUCAAGAGAGAUCGAGGGAAAGAAAAAAGGGUAUAACCUUCCUCAGCUCCCCAAAUCAUAACAGAGCUUCGCUUAUUAAACACCAAACCCCAUGAACACUUUGUAAUUUUGAAUUAGUUUUCUCUACUUGUAUAUUUUUUAUAUAUACUCACUUAAUUUCGUUUCAGUCUUUUCCUUCUGCGAGCUAGUAUUAGUAUUACUGCGCUUUCUUAAUUUUAUUCAAUAUUCUCUCUUUCUUCUUUGUUCUUAGUUGAUUCUUUCAAUCAAGCUUACGGGUUUUUGCAUCUGUUUCUUAUUCUCUCCACUAAUCUCAUCUCACCACUUCUCCAUCGUCUGAUCAUCUAAUUUGGCCUGCACUUCAUCACCCGUGUAACUCAAUCUCUAAUGGGUUCCUCACAUCACCAAUUAAUUCAAUCUAAUUCUCUAUCUUCUCCCCAAGUUCUCUGAUCAACUUCUACUACUCUCUCCUACUAGGUUGCACAAGCUUCCUUCGCUUCUUUUGCUUCUUGUUUUUCUUUUUUUUUUUUCGUCUUGAUGAGCUGUCUGCAUCAUAUAGCUUUGGCUUGGUGAUCUCAAACUGUGAAACAAGUUAAACAGGGCAAAUUGACGAGCUUGUCUUUAUAUAGUCUUCUUUAGUUUUAAUUUCCUCCUUGUUAUACUUUCCCUGAAUUUGAUCAUCAAUUGUCACUCUGGCGAACCCCUGGUGGAGUGGUAAUUUGGGGUUACCGGGCAUGGACCCGGUAGCCACCAAUUCAUCAACGCUGAACAAGCAGCGCGGCCUUGAAAUCUCUAUAAACGAAAACAGCGGCAGAAGCAGCGGCAGAGACGAGGAUGACGACAGAGACCAUACUGAGCCCAAAGAAGGUGCGGUCGAGAUUGGAUCCCGCCGGCCAAGAGGCCGCCCUCCAGGAUCCAAAAACAAGCCCAAACCUCCCAUCUUCGUCACCCGUGAUAGCCCCAACUCCCUCCGCAGCCAUGUCAUGGAGGUGGCCAGCGGCACUGACGUGGCGGAGAGCGUGGCGCAGUUCGCUAGGCGGCGGCAGAGAGGCAUGUGUAUUCUUAGCGGGAGUGGCUCGGUCGCCAACGUAACCCUAAGACAACCUGCGGCUCCAGGAGCUGUGGUGGUGCUUCAUGGGAGGUUUGAGAUUUUGUCUCUGAGUGGGGCGUUCCUUCCUGGUCCCGCCCCUCCCGGGUUUACUGGGCUGACGGUUUACUUAGCCGGCGGGCAGGGGCAGGUGGUUGGGGGCAGUGUGAUGGGGUCACUAGUGGCAGCAGGGCCAGUGAUGGUGAUGGCAGCAACAUUUGCAAAUGCUACUUAUGAGAGGUUGCCUCUUGAGGAGGAUGAGGAGGGUGGAGGAGGUGGAGGAGGCCAUAAUAAUGGAGGUUCCCCAACUGGUGGUGGGAGCAGUGGAACCCAGUUGGGGAGUGGGGGGCAUCAUCAUCAGCAGCAGCAACUCCCUGAUCCUUCAUCUGGACUUCCAAAUAUUUACAGCUAUCAUCUGCCUCCAAAUCUGAUCCCUAAUGGUGGCCAUGGACAGCUUGGGCAUGAGGCGUAUGCUAAUUGGGCGCAUUCAUGACUACCUUUCUAGGAAAAAGUGAGAAGAAACUGAAGAGGUGGGAGGAUUUGUAUUUUGUUGUAUUGAAAUAUAAAUUUUAGAAACAAGAUUAAAAAGUGAGAGAUGUGAA